GAAUCUCUUGACUAGGCACCAUGAAGACCCUCUGCUCUGUUUUCCUGCUGGUGUUUGGCAUUGCCAUUGCUCAGGCUCUUGACUACAAGGCACUGUGGCAGUUCAGAGGUAUGAUCAUUUGUGUACAGCCAGAUAGCUGGCCAACCCUUGAGUAUGCUGACUACGGCUGCUACUGUGGCUAUGGUGGAUCUGGAACUCCUGUCGACGAGCUGGACAGAUGCUGUCAAGUUCAUGACAAGUGCUACAGUGAUGCCAUGCAACAUGAAGCAUGCUGGCCAAUCAUUGACAAUCCUUACACUGAGAUCUAUGCCUAUGCUUGUGAUAAAUCCACUAAGACAAUCACCUGCAAGAGCAACAACUCUGAGUGUGAGAUGUUCAUCUGUGAGUGUGACCGGAAGGCUGCUGAGUGCUUUGCCAUGGCUGACUAUAACGAGGAACACAAGAAUCUGCCCAGUGAUCGCUGCAAAUAAAUUUUAGACCACUUUCACAGGACAGAACUAUGUAGUUAUCAGUUGAUUUUGAUAUGAAAUGCUAAACUCUCUCAUAAAAUGUUAUAAAUUCAUGUACUUCAUCUGAUUCAAAACCUUUACCCAAUAACCAAUCAAUAAAAAUAUAGCUUCUCAUCAAAAUAAGUCUUUU